AUGCCAAGUCAAGACAGAGCGCGUAGUGUAUCCGGUGAACUUGAGGAUUCCGACGUGGGUUCACAGCAUGAUGGAGAUGGGUCCAAUCCACCAGGAAAGCCUGGCAGGAAGAAAAAUCCGAAUUCACAGGCAGCGAGACGUGAUCAGAAUCGCAUAGCCCAGAGGGAGUUUCGGCUGAGGAAGCAGCAACGCAUACGUGAUCUCGAAGCCACCGUUGAGAUCCUCUCAGGAGGCAAGGAUGAGGCUUUGUCACAUCUCAGGAAGAUCCUGAAAGAUCUUAUGCAAGAGAACCAGGUCCUCCGAGAUUUGCUGCGCAGUCUCAGCUCGUUUAUCGGUGACGGAGCUGGGGGGCUCCUACCCAAACUCGGCUGGGAUUUGAGCGAUUUCAAUAAUUUCAUCAACAGAUCAGAGACGGACACUGCUUGGGAGAGCUAUCAACGUCACAAACAAGCUGAUCCUGUUGCUGGUCCUUCUACGUCGGUGGGUCAAAAACGCUCGUCGCCUGAUGAUCCUACCUCGCUGCGAUCGAAGAGGCCUCGAGGACUGUCUGAGCACAAUGGUGAUUCUACCUCGGACUCAUUCCCUCCGCCACCUGUUCUUGUACCCCUGACUUCUGCUGGUUCAGCCGCCGCCCCCAAUGGCCUUUAUCCCUCGUCUGGAAGACCGUCUCAGGAAAGUAAUUUAUUGUCUGAAUUGAUGCGCGGUCCCUCGGGUUCCCCUAUGUUUAUUGCCUCGUCUCCUGCCAAUGCUUCCAGUCAAUUCGCUGGCCAAGGCAGCACAGGUGUCGGUUCAUCCUAUCCGCCUUCUUACAUGCCACCUAUGACUAUGAAUUCCGACCCGGGCCUUCCUUCCGUUCCGCUCGUUGGCGCGGGUGCGUCGCCGUUCACGGCAGCACGAGCAGCAUCUCAACCGGCAUCCGAAGAUGACGACUUGGAUCCCAAGAAGAUUGAAGCAUAUAAACUUAUCCACUACCAUCUCGACAAUUACAAGCGCAAUAGCGCAUAUUGUCUGCCUUCGUCUCUUCGUCCGACCCUGGUGCAGAGGACUGUCCCUCACGAGAGCAUAAUCGAUUCUAUACUGCAUCCGGAACUUCGCGACCGUAUGAUCCUCCUGCGAGGGCGAUUUGACCUUGUGGACUGCCUGCACGACUACCGCAAUGCAGUUAACAUUCACGGCGACGACGUCCUGGCCCACGGCAACUGGGAGAUUACCGAAAAUUGGUUGCAGCGGUACAAGUUUUUAGUCGACCAGGCUACACUGAACAUCACCAAUCGUUGGAGGAGAGAAAGAGGGGAAUCGGAGCUGCGUUUCGGCGAUUUCACGGUGGACACUCACGCCACUUCGACUUAA